AUGGCUGCCUCGACCCCCGCCAACCCUCUUCUCUCUAACCAGAAGAGUUCCGAGCUUCAGGCUGUUCUUCACCCACUGGUCCUCCUUACCAUCUCCGAUUACAUCACACGGCAUACUCUUCGCCAACAGGAAGGGCCCAUCAUUGGCGUCUUGCUAGGUCAACAAAAUGGUCGCGAAAUCACAGUCGAGCAUGCCUUUGAGGCUCACACCCGACAAGAGCCCAAUGUGCAAGGCGGAUACCUCCUCGAUGCCACGAAAUUCGGCGCACGGUUAGAACAGAUGAUCACUGUCCACAAAGAUAGACACCUCGACCUCGUUGGGUGGUACACUCUUCUGCCUUCUUCAGGUCCGACCCCGACUAUCCUACCAAUCCACAAUCAGAUUCUCGAAGGUUGGAACGAGUCAGCCAUACUCCUCGGGUUCCACCCGGAACAGGUCCUUGAUCACUCCGUCGGUGGCAGACUUCCACUCACUAUUUACGAGAGCAAUUAUGAAGUCGACGACCCAAAGGCGGAUAACGAUGGAGAGGACAAGAAGAUGGAUGACGGGGAGCCCGCUCUCAAGCUCAAAUUCAGAGAGCUUCCCUACUCGGUUGAGACCGACGAAACAGAGAUGAUCAGCAUGAACUACGUUGCUGCUUCAGGAGGAAACGCUGCUGCCGCUCCACAAAAGGAAGACAAGCCCUUUUUGUCCAUCGAGUCAAAUGGCAAGGGCAAACGCCGACUAGUGGAGAGCCGUGACGAAGAUCACAACAAGGCGACUGCGCAGGAUGAUGAGGUUGCUCUGACGCCGGAAGAGGACGAAACAAUUGCUGCCCUCACAGCAAAGGCCAACGCUAUCAAGAUGCUCCAGUCCCGAAUACUCCUUCUCACCACCUACCUUGAGCGUCUUCCUCCCUCGUACAUCAACGGGAACACAGCCGAUUCCAGUAGCAUGGACGCCGACUAUACCACUCCAUCAGCGACAGUGCUUCGCCAGAUCCAGGCCCUCGUCAGCCGCCUGGACCUCGUCAUUCCCUCGGACAGAGCCGCAUUUGAGCGCGAGAUGCUCCACGAGGCAAAUGAUGUCAACCUGGUGAGACUCCUCAACGGCAUUGUCCAGAGCGUCAGCCAGGCCCGUGACGUUGGCAAGAAGUUCUAUGUUGUCGAAAACGCAAAGGCGUCGCACCGUCGUGGUGCUCCUCCUGGCCCCGGACAGGAUUUUGUCAUUGACCCAGCGGCUUAUAACAUUCGUGGAGCUGGCGAUCUCCUGAUCUGA